GUCAACCCGCUCUGGAACACCGAGCCCAAUUGAGGACUAGGAACAUACCAUACAUACACAAGGUAAGAAUAUGGAUGUCAAUACAUGUAACCACAUUGCCCUAUGUUUUCCAGAUUUCAGUUGGUAUUUAGGCUAUGCUAUAAGUGAUUGCAUUAGGCUACAACAUUUUGCUGAUUGUUUUCUGUAAAGCAAAAACAUACUUCCUUCACCAUGGAGUGGAGUUUAGUCCGCUAAAUAACAUUUGAUUUAAAGGAUUUCAGUUACUCUACUCAAGUGGAAGAUCAAAUAAAAUUUCAGUAAACAUUGAACGUUUUUUUUGUAUUGAAUUUUCCCAUGCUUUGCCUUUGUGCAUAGUUUAAAUCUGAAUGCAUAAUUAUAAUUAGCUCAUUAUAGCCGUUUCUCAUAGGUUGUAGUUUUGGAUGCUUGGAGGUGUUUUUAUCUUAUCUAUAGAUGAGAUUACAUAGUUUAGUUUAUACUUUAGUGUUUCCCUUAAUUUAUUUACUAGGAAUAUGGACCAAUUCAAUUACUAGAUUUGGUUUAAACCUACUGUAUGACCUAUGGAGAGCUGGGUUCAUUUUUUCUGUGUAUUUUAGUAUUUUAAAACACACAGCCCAAAACAAAUACUUUUAUUUGAGUAUUUGAAUGGUUAUUUGUAAAAAAAGUAUUUUCAAAUAAUAUUUUCAAAUACCUGGGUUAAAUGCAUGGGAAUGUAUUUUAGUCAGUGUAUUUGAGUAUUUUCCAAUACUUUCCAGGUGUAAUUUUCAAAUACAUUCCAAUAUUAAAAUGCUUGUCUUUUCAAAUAAAAAAUAUAUGAAUACUUACUUCGAAAUGUAUGUAAAAGUAAUUGAGAUAUUUGAACCCAGGUCUGGUCCUAUGGGGUUUUGGAUCAGUUAACGGUGUAAAUGGCAAGCGGAUAUUUACACUCUUGGUUCCUAUUGUGUAGGCUAGUUAUGCUCCAUUACCUGCCCAGUAGUAGCUCUCAUGUAUUUCAGGUCUAUGCCAUUCUUGUCACCUGAUGGUGGAUGUCUCCGCACCUUGGCACAUGUAGGCUAUGUAGGGAGUGACAGAGUGAGUGAGUCAGUCAAAAGGAAUUCACCUAUUAGUGCUUUCUCACUGCUCAAGUCAACUACUGCUGACCAUUCCCUGCCACAUCUCUCUCUCCCACAUUCCUCUCCCCUUCUAUCCCAAAUCUUUCACACCCACACUCAUCUCUCUUUCUCCAUCCCCCACCUCUCUCUCCAUCCCCCCACCUCUCUCUCCAUCCUCCCACCUCUCUCUCCAUCCUCCCACCUCUCUCUCCAUCCUCCCACCUCUCUCUCCAUCCUCCCACCUCUCUCUCCAUCCUCCCACCUCUCUCUCCAUCCCUCCACCUCUCUCUCCAUCCCUCCACCUCUCUCUCCAUCCCUCCACCUCUCUCUCCAUCCCUCCACCUCUCUCUCUAUAUAUCCCUCUUUCCACCUAAUACUCCCCUCACAUUCUGUUUCAUACCGUCAUCUCUCCCACCUCUCUCUCCAGUAUUAAAUCUCACUAUCCUUCUCUCUCUCAUUUCAUCAUCCAUCAAUUCUCUCAGUAAUCAACAGCUCCAGAAUGAGAUCAUUCUAAAACGUAUUGUUGCAAUAGUUGUAACAAGUGAAGCAGUUGUGAAUCAGUGUUAUUUCAGAUAACAAAUGACAGAGAUUACACUGAGAAAAUGUUUCUUGGAAUGUGGUUUCCUAGAGGUAUUUAUGUGUGUGUGUGUUGGUUCCACCCUGUGCCUGACUAGCCCUGUAUAGAAUUGUAGGCUUUAAGCAACUCGCUUAACUUGGGAAUUCCUCUGGACAGCAUCUCUCAGUACUACAGCACACUCUUAGUGUCCUCGGAUACACUGUGAAUGAACGAGACAAUCAUGAAGUGGCUCACAUGCACCACCAUCAGGACAGGGUCCCUUCCAGGAACCGGCUGACGAUUAAGGGGCUGCAUAGUAGUCCAAACUCGGCUAUGUUGCUUAGUAACAAGUUGAUCCCAGAUCAUUGCUUACGGAUCAGUGCAUUUAGUGCAUUCCUUGCUGUGAGUGAGUAUUGUAGUGUGUUGUGUCACCAGGCAUUGUGUGGCGGCUGGGCUGGCUGGUGGCUCAGGCCAGGGGGCCUCUCAGUGCUUUGGCUGACCUGUCUGAUUCACAAGUCAUGAGUGACUGGCCUUCUGUGGUCACCGGUCAGCCAGUCUGUCUGGUCAUAGACUGCUAAGUUUAGUGGGUUACAUUUGUUAGACAGUGGGUGCUCUAUUCGAUAUGUCUAAUUUUAAAAUGUGAUCUGAUUGCUCUUUAUGUAUUAUCUCUCUGUCUAUCCAUCCAUUUGUCCAUCCCUCCCUCCCUAUUUCCUCAACCCUUUCUCUCUGCAGCCUAAGGUUGAUGACUCAACUAUUCUCUCCAUAAAGCUACCUGCGGUCGACUCACUCACUACCCUGCGGACUUCAGGGGUUUGCUUUUUCCUCUUUCUAUUCUGUUACUUUGUCACUUUUCCCUCAUUUUCUCCACCCCUUUUUCUCUUAUGUCGCUCCUUUCUCUUUCUCCUCAAUCUCUUUUUCUUCUCAUCUAUGUUCUCUCCCUCUUCUCUCUCUCUCUCUCUAAAUCGUAAUGUUUUUCUGCGGCUACAUUCAGUCUCUCUGAUGAACAGAGCAGGUGUUAUACCAUGGCUGCAUCCCAAAUUGUACCCUAUUUCCUAUUUAGUGCACUACUUUUGACCAGAGUGCACUAAAUAGGGAAUAGGGUGCCAUUUGGCACACAGACCAUUUGUAGAGUGGGCAUGAAAGACCACAAUGCCCCCUCUGUACCAGACCCCCACACCAGACCCCCUUUAGAGGGGUUUAGAUAAGACCCCGGUAUAGCAGGCAUAGCUCCAGCCAAGUAGCUUACCAUACCUAAGUAACACAGUGUCAUGACAGUGUUAGGUCAGUUGUCAUAGGCAGACAUCAGCUUUCAUGACAUGUGUUAUAUCAUUAUUACGACACAGUUAGUAACUUAGUAUAGUCCUUAUGAUAGUGUGGGCAUAACAUAUCCAGUGUCUCUUCCCCAAAAAGUAAUGAGGAGACAUGGAAAAUAAGGCUAUUUUAGAGUAUUGGAACCAAACCUAGGAAGAGAAUGAAAGGAAGAUAAUUAGCUAGAACAAAACCAUAGGUGUGUAGCAUGCUAGGUAACACUGGUUCAAUGUGAUGCUAAUCAGAUCACUCCUAUGGCUGCCUGGUUUCCCUCAGUGAAGAGUAAACUCUGUUAUAACUGUGUUAAGUGCAUGCCAUCAUGGCAAAUAUGCAUGCACAGUCGCAUACACACACAGCUCCCUCUGUCUACAGCUGUUUUCUUCUUUUUAAAUCAAUUCAUUAAGCUUUAUUGGUAUAGAAAGUGAGGGAACUUACAUUGCCAAAUAAUAUUUUACCAACAGCAACAUCAGUACUAAUGUUUAACUGCACACUUUAAAGUUGUUUCCAUAUGUUAGUUCUUAUCCUUGCUCUAGCAGCUGUAUUUCAAAACAUCCUUAUUCAGUUUGAUGAUCAUCUUGAUUUUUGACUAGAGUACUGCGUACUGCUGUGCUGAGUUAAGUAUAACACUAACCUCUGACUCUAACACCUACGCCUUACUUUCCUAUAUCCCUUGAGAGGUGAAAUGGCUGCUGUCUGAUUCUCUACCUGCUGAAGCAUUCCUGUGGUCACUGGUUAGCACGUCACACAUCCUUACUGUACAGGUCAGCUAGCUAGACUCGUCACUCAGACUGACAGGGGGAGUAGGAGCUGUGCUCAGCACUUCGAGACAAUUAUGUUAGCGUAAUCAGAAUCAGAAUCACCAUUAUUCGCCAAGUCUGCUGCAUGACUGAACACUGAUAGGAAAUGAAGCUAGGGAGUUACCUGCCUCAUUCACAGUACUGAUGUGGUUGUUGUGUGGGAGUUUGAUUAGUUUGUGUGUCUGAAUAUUAGCCUAGUGUUCUGGUAUGAGGCUGAUGCUGUUGAUAGUCUAUAACUGACUAAACUCCAACAGCAGGUUUCAACAGCCUCUCAUUCACAUCAACACUCAGACUUGAUCUACUAAGAGAGCAGAGUUUCCUCUGGCCCUCAUGGGUUUGAAGGGAAUACAGUGCUAUGAAAAAGUAUUUGCCCUCUUUCUAAUUUUCUCUACUUUUGCAUAUUUGUGAUACUGAAUGUUAUCAGAUCUUCAACCAAAACCUAAUAUUAGAUAAAGGGAACAUAAGUGAACAAAUAACACAACAAUUACAUAUUUCUUUCUUUAUUUCAUAAAUAAAGUUAUGCAACACCCAAUUCCCCUGUGUGAAAAAGUAAUUGCCCCCUUCCACUCAAUAACUGGUUGUGCCAUCUUUAGCUGCAAUGACUCCAACCAAAUGCUUCCUGUAGUUCUUGAUCAGUCUCUCACGUCGCUGUGGAGGAAUUUUGGCCCACUCUUCCAUGCAGAACUGCUUUAACUCAGUGACGUGUGGGUUUUCAAGCAUUAACUGCUCGUUUCAAGUCCUGCCACAACAACUCAAUUGGGAUUAGGUCUGGACUUUGACUAGGCCAUUCCAAAACGUCCAAUUAGUUGCUUUUUAGCAAUUUCCAUGUAGACUUGAUUGUGUGUUUUGGAUCAUUGUCUUUCUGCAUGACCCAGCUGCGUUUCAGCUUCAGCUCACAGACGGAUGGUCUGACAUUCUCCUGUAGAAUUCUCUGAUACAGAGCAGAAUUCAUGGUUCCUUCUAUUAAGGCAAGUCGUCCAGGUCCUGAGGCAGAAAAGCAUCCCCAAACCAUCACACCACCACCACCAUGCUUGACCUUUGGUAAGAUGUUCUUACUGUGGAAUGCAGUGUUUGGUUUUCACCAGGCAUAAUGGGACCCAUCUCGUCCAAAAGGUUGACUCAAGUUUGCCAAAAAGCACCUGGAUGAUCGUCAAGACUCUUGGAAGAACGUUCUAUGGACAGAUGAUUCAAAAGUAUACGUUUUUGGACGACAUGGUUCCAGUAAUGCCUGGCGAAAACCAAACUCUGCAUUCCACAGUAAGAACAUCAUACCAAAGGUCAAGCGUGGUGGUGUUGUGAUGGUUUGGGGAUGCUUUGCUGCCUCAGGACCUGGACGACUUGCCUUAAUAGAAGGAACCAUGAAUUCUGCUCUGUAUCAGAGAAUUCUACAGGAGAAUGUCAGACCAUCCGUCUGUGAGCUGAAUCUGAAGCGCAGCUGGGUCAUGCAGCAAGACAAUGAUCCAAAACACACAAUCAAGUCUACAUGAAAAUAGCUAAAAAACAACAAAUUGGAAGUUUUGGAAUGGCCUAGUCAAAGUCCAGACCUAAUCCCAAUUGAGUUGUUGUGGCAGGACUUGAAACGAGCAGUUCAUGCUUGAAAACCCACACGUCACUGAGUUAAAGCAGUUCUGCAUGGAAGAGUUGGCCAAAAUUCCUCCACAGCGACGUGAGAGACUGAUCAAGAACUACAGGAAGUAUUUGGUUGGAGUCAUUGCAGCUAAAGGUGGCACAACCAGUUAUUGAGUGUUGGGGCAGUUACUUUUUCACACAGGGGAAUUGGGUGUUGCAUAACUUUGUUUAUGAAAUAAAUGAAAUAAAUAUGUAAUUGUUGUGUUAUUUCUUCACUUAUGUUCCCUUUAUCUAAUAUUAGGUUUUGGUUGAAGAUCUGAUAACAUUCAGUAUCACAAAUAUGCAAAAGUAGAGAAAAUUAGACAGGGGGCAAAUACUUUUUCAUAGCACUGUAUAUGGUCAUUCAAUUUUCAAAAGAAACCACUAACUAACUGGGUGGGACAGACAAUUUCCUCCUAAUCCGUGCUAGGGAAUGAGUUAAACUCUCAACGACUAAAAACGAGAGGAAAAAAAUGCUGAUUUUUUCCUUUUAAUCUUGUAAAUUGCUACCAACAAAAUAGGGAUCUGUGUGUGUGUGUGUGUGUGUGUGUGUGUGUGUGUGUUAGCAUGUGUGUGUGUUGGAUCUUGUAAGAACUGGUUUAGUAGGAUCGUUGCCAGGCCACAAACCAGUCCUACACAGACACACUGCAUUGUGGGAUUAUCAGACAGCAUUUGAUAAUCAUGUGGUGUCUGAGGCAGCCUCGCUUUGUGACGGGCACCCACGUGUGUGUGUAAAAGAUGGGCACUAAGCAUGUGUGUGGGUCUGGACAUGGGGACUACACUCUUAGAAAAAAAUUGUGCUAUCUACAUUUUAGUCAUUUAGCAGACGCUCUUAUCCAGAGCAACUUACAGUUAGUGAGUGCAUACAUUAUUUUUCAUACUGGCCCCCCGUGGGAAUCGAACCCACAACCCUGGCAUUGCAAACACCAUGCUCUACCAACUGAGCUACCUCCCUGCCAGCCAGCCAGCCAGCCAGCCAUUCCCUCCCCUACCCUGGACCAAUUGUGCACCACCCCAUGGGUCUCCCGGUCGCGGCCGGCUACAACAGAGCCUGGAUUUGAACCAGGAGUUCUAGUGGCACAGCUAGCACUGCGAUGCAGUGCCUUAGACCACUGCGCCACUCGGGAGUUAUCUAGUUAUCUAGAACCUAAAAUGGUUCUUUCGGCUGUCCCAAUAAGAGAACCCUUUGAAUAACUAUUUUUGGCUACAGGUAGAACCCUUUUGGUUCCAUGUAAAACCCUUUCCACUGAGGGUUCUACAUUGAACCCAAAAGUUCUACCUGGAACCCAAAAUAUGGUUAUACCUGGAAACGAAAAGGGUUCUCCUAUGGGGACAGCCGAAUAACCCUUUUGGAACUAUUUGUGUGACAGAUAAACCACGAAAGUGAGACACACAGGCUCAAUGUUAGCAGGAAACAUAUGGCCUGGUCUGAUAGACUAGAGGGAGGGACGGUAGGAAACAGAGAACAGAACACAGCGGAACGUCUGCACAAAGGAAAGUGAGAGGAAACCCAGCUAGAGAAACUUAUGCUCUGCAAGAGAGGCUCAGCUAGGGUAUAGAAAACACAGCCUGCAUACACCUGGGGGUUUCCUCCAGCUGAGAAACACCUGGCUUGAAAGGGAUAUGUAACCUUCUCUGUUUGUGUACAGUAUGUGUGUGUUGCGUGUGUGAGUUCCACAAGUACAGUCCUGCAGAGUCAUUCCAGUGAAAGACUCAGGGAGUCUUUCUUCCAGGAACAUCUUGUCUUUGUGUCUUGUGAGUUGAUUAGCUUCAGGUUCCUGAGCAGUGUGUGUGUUUGCCAGCGUAGCAGUUUGACCUCACUUCUAUCAAAACAACAGGGCUAUUAGCCCAGUCAGACAUACAGGAAGAGUCAGACAACCGCCAGCUGGCUGCGGUGUGUGUGUGGGGGCCAGUAUGAAAAAUGUAUGCACUCACUAAUUGUAAGUCGCUCUGGAUAAGAGCGUCUGCUAAAUAACUAAAAUGUCAACAACAAAAAAUGUGUGUGUGCGUCUGAAGGUCAGGUUUAUAUGUUGGUCUUGGUCCCAUGCAAUGACCACAGUGCUGGAGUCUUCUUCAGUUUAUUUUCACUCUUUCCAUCUUUCUUGAAAUUCCUAGGUUUUUCUCUUUUGUCUUGCUCCUCUGUCUUCCCACGUCUCUCUAAGGUUGAGUCAUGAUUAGUCACAGUUGACAGAGAGGCAAUGGGGCCUAACAGGGUUUUGCAGUGCAUCUCCAGUCUGACAUAUAUGUUUACAGAGAGAAGUAGAUUCAUUCACAUUUCAUUCCAAUGUUUAUUUUAUUGCAAUAACUGUGAUAUGUGGUUGUCUUACCUUCCCUAGUUGAAUGUACUUACUGUAUUGCGCUCUGGAUAAGAGAAUCUUCGAAAUUACCUAAAUGUAAAAUUCCAUUAAAUAAUAAUAUGACAUUUAGCAGACGCUUUUAUCCAAAGCGACUUACAGUCAUGCGUGCAUACAUUUUUAUUGUGUAUGGGUGGUCCCGGGGAUCGAACCCACUACCUUGGCGUAACAAGCGCCGUGCUCUACCAGCUGAGCUACAGAGGACCAUUAGCAGACACUCUUAUCCAGAGCAACCUACAGUAUUGCCAAAUAGCACAAUCAUCUCACCUCCACCAUCACAACACAUUUAAAAAUACAAAAGUUAUAAAUGUCAGAUUAAACUAAGCGUGUUGUGUGGUUACAAAACGUAAAAAGCUCUGCACUCUAGUCUUUGUAGUUGCUAGUGCAAACAGCCUUUUUGGAAAGCCAACUUAGUGGAGUCAAACUUUGUAAAGUUGCCGUUCAUUUCCCCCCUCUUCUCCUCUCAUCUCUCUGUAUUGUCGUGAGUCAUUCUACCCGCCCUACAUCUGCUCGACUCUUUAGGAACCGCUUCCAUACUGCCUUUGCUUGGAAUGUUGCGAGAGUGCUUUAGCAAUAUUUUGUGAGCUCACACACUCAUAUACACGCAUACACAGCUCUUCAGACUUCCCCUUGCGUGUCCAGCUGUGUUUGUUGUUUGACACUGUUCUUUGUUCCUUAGGACUAAGGGCUAUGGUCUCUGUUAGACACUCAUUCACUGGAGGGAGAGAGAAAGAGUGAAGAUGGUCUCUAUCCUGUUUAACCCAGAGGGAGCACAAUUUUAUAAACACAGCGGACAAUGGUUAUGAGUAGGGAGGUGAGACAGGGACAGAGGCAGGGACAGAGGACAGGGGGAAGGGUACAGGAGGUAGUGGCAGAGGGACAAAGGAAACAGGUUAUGGAUCACACUACAGGAUACAUUUUCUGUCAUCAUUUACUUAUGUUUGUUUUAUGUUUUAUGUUUGUUUCAAUUUAUUUUCCAGCAGAAAAGAUCCAGACACGACCAUGGCCAGAGUAUUGGGACUUCUGCUCUUCCUGUCAGCUCUCUGCUGCUCCCUAGCGGACAAAGUAGGUGCCACACCCACUGCACUGACCACAGCUAUUUUAUUUUUAUUUUAUUUCACCUUUAUUUAACCAGGUAAACCAGUUGAGAACAAGUUCUCAUUUACAACUGCGACCUGGCCAAGAUAAAGCAAAGCAGUGCGAUAAAAAACAACAACACAGAGUUACAUAUGGGGUAAAACAAAACAAAGUCAAAAAUACAGAAACAGAAAUACAUAUAUAUAUACAGUGUGUGCAAAUUUAGCAAGUUAUGGAGGUAAGGCAAUAAAAUAGGCUAUAGUGCAAAAUAAUUACAAUUUAGUAUUAACACUGGAAUGAUGUGCAAGAGAUGAUGUGCAAAUAGAGAUACUGGGGUACAAAUGAGCAAAUAAAUAACAAUAUAGGGAUGAGGUAGUUGGGCGGGCUAAUUUCAGAUGGGCUGUGUACAGGUGCAGUGAUCGGUAAGGUGCUCUGACAACUGAUGCUUAAAGUUAGUGAGGGAGAUAAGUGUCUCCAGCUUCAGAGAUUUUUGCAAUUUGUUCCAGUCAUUGGCAGCAGUGAACUGGAAGGAAUUGCGGCCAAAGGAGGUGUUGGCUUUGGGGAUGACCAGUGAGAUAUACCCGCUGGAGCGCAGACUACGGGUGGGUGUUGCUAUGGUGACCAAUGAGCUAAGAUAAGGCGGGGAUUUGCCUAGCAGUGAUUUAUAGAUGGCCUGGAGCCAGUGGGUUUGGCGACAAAUAUGUAGUGAGGACCAGCCACCAAGAGCGUACAGGUCACAGUGGUGGGUAUUAUAUGGGGCUUUGGAGACAAAACGGAUGGCACUGUGAUAGACAACAUCCAAUUUGCUGAGUAGAGUGUUGGAGGCUAUUUUGUAAAUGACAUCGCCGAAGUCAAGGAUCGGUAGGAUAGUCAGUUUUACGAGGGCAUGUUUGGCAGCAUGAGUGAAGGAGGCUUUGUUGCGAAAUAGGAAACCGAUUCUAGAUUUAACUUUGGAUUGGAGAUUCUUAAUGUGAGUCUGGAAGGAGAGUUUACAGUCUAACCAGACACCUAGGUAUUUGUAGUUGUCCACAUACUCUAGGUCAGACCCGUCGAGAGUAGUGAUUCUAGUCGGGUGGGCGGGUGCCAGCAGCGUUCGAUUGAAGAGCAUGCAUUUAGUUUUACUAGUGUUUAAGAGCAGUUGGAGGCUACUGAAGGAGUGUUGUAUGGCAUUGAAGCUCGUUUGGAGGUUUGUUAACACAGUGUCCAAUGAAGGGCCAGAUGUAUACAAAAUGGUGUCGUCUGCGUAGAGGUGGAUCUGAGAGUCACCAGCAGCAAGAGCGACGUCAUUGAUAUACACAGAGAAAAGAGUUGGCCCAAGAAUUGAACCCUGUGGCACCCCCAUAGAGACUGCCAUAGGUCCAGACAACAGGCCCUCCGAUUUGACACAUUGAACUCUAUCUGAGAAGUAGUUGGUGAACCAGGCGAGGCAGUCAUUUGAGAAACCAAGGCUAUUUAGUCUGCCAAUAAGAAUGCGGUGGUUGACAGAGUCGAAAGCCUUGGCCAGGUCAAUGAAAACGGCUGCACAGUACUGUCUAUUAUCGAUCGCGGUUAUAAUAUCGUUUAGGACCUUGAGCGUGGCUGAAGUGCACCCAUGACCAGCUCGGAAACCGGAUUGCAUAGCGGAGAAGGUACGGUGGGAUUCGAAAUGGUCGGUGAUCUGUUUGUUGACUUGGCUUUCAAAAACUUUUGAAAGGCAGGGCAGGAUGGAUAUGGGUCUGUAACAGUUUGGAUCUAGAGUGUCACCCCCUUUGAAGAGGGGGAUGACCGCGGCAGCUUUCCAAUCUCUGGGGAUCUCAGACGUUACGAAAGAGAGGUUGAACAGGCUAGUAAUAGGGGUUGCGACAAUUUCGGCGGCUAGUUUUAGAAAGAAAGGGUCCAGAUUGUCUAGCCCAGAUGAUUUGUAGGGGUCCAGAUUUUGCAGCUCUUUUAGAACAUCAGCUGUCUGGAUUUGUGUGAAGGAGAAGCGAGGUUGGCAUGGGUAAGUUGCAGCGGAGGGUGCAGAGCUGGUGGCCGGGGUAGUGGUAGCCAGGUGGAAAGCAUGGCCAGCCGUAGCAAAAUGCUUGUUGAAAUUCUCGAUUAUUGUAGAUUUAUCGGUGGUGAUAGUGUUUCCUAGCCUCAGUGCAGUGGGCAGCUGGGAGGAAGUGCUCUUAUUUUCCAUGGACUUUACAGUGUCCCAAAACUUUUUGGAGUGCUACAGGAUGCAAAUUUCUGUUUGAAAAAGUUAGCCUUUGCUUUCCUAACUGCUUGUGUAUAUCGGUUCCUAACUUCCCUGAAAAGUUGCAUAUCGCGGGGGCUAUUUGAAGCUAAUGCAGUACGCCACAGGAUGUUUUUGUGCUGGUCAAGGGCAGUCAAGUCUGAGGAGAACCAGGGGCUAUAUCUGUUCUUAGUUCUGUAUUUCUUGAAUGGGGCAUGUCUAUUUAAGAUUGAGAGGAAAUUACUUUUAAAGAACAACCAGGCAUCCUCUACUGACGGAAUGAGAUCUAUAUCCAUCCAGGAUACCUGGGCCAGGUCAAUUAGGAAGGCCUGCUCGCUGAAGUGUUUUUGGGAGCGUUUGACAGUGAUGAGGGGUGGUCGUUUGACCGCGGACCCGUUACGGACGCAGGCAAUAAGGCAGUGAUCGCUGAGAUCCUGGUUGAAGACAGCGGAGGUGUAUUUAGAGGGUAAGUUAGUCAGGAUGAUAUCUAUGAGGGUACCCAUGUUUACGGAUUUAGGGUUGUACCUGGUAGGUUCGUUGAUAAUUUGUGUUAGAUUGAGGGCAUCUAGUUUAGAUUGUAGGAUGGCCGGGGUGUUAAGCAUAUCCCAAUUUAGGUCACCAAGCAGUACGAACUCUGAUAGAAGUUGCAGAUAGAAGUUGCCCUGUGGUGCAGAUCUAGGAUCAGCUUAACCUUGCAAAAUGCAUGAGGUGGAAAUUGCUAAACUGACCUUAGAUCCGAGUCUAGCGUUAACUUCAUCACUACUAUUGCCAUGCAGACAGUGUGUUUUGUUGGUACUGUGGAGCUUUGAGCUCACUUCUCUUACCUCUCCCGUGGCAGAUUGAGCUUCGUCGCACGAAGAGAGGCACACGCUACUAUAAAGGUGAGCUUGGAUCGCCCGCUCUGCCCUCUACAACUGGAUCCCUCUACCCUCACCCUCUGACUCCCCACGUCUGUCCCUCUCUCCACACUAGUCAUGUGUUAGCUACAAUCAAUCAUUUGUUUGUGUGUCACUUACACCUUGUCUUUGAAUGUUACUGUCUCUCCUCUUGUAGUAAAUGACUCAUGUGUCUGUGUCUCUCUGUCUGUGUCUCUAUGUCUGUGUGUCUUUGUCUCUGUCCCUGUGCGUGUGUGUGUCUGUCUCUGUGUGUGUCUGUGUCUGUGUAUGUGUGUGUGUCUCAGCGCGUUGUGUGGAUGGCCAGUCAGCUGCGGUGCGUGGUUAUGGGGAUACAUGGAUGAGAUGGAGGGGACAGCGUGCGGAGUACUGCCGCUGUGCAUCACAAGGACAAGAGCGCUGUCACUAUGUGCCCGUCAUCAGUGAGUGGAAAGACACACACACUUACACAUAGAUAUAGAUACAGACCAACACACACACGCUCACAAACCCCCACACAGUCUAGGCCGGCAGAGUUACUACACUGUUCAGCCUUUCAUUUCUGCCUGUGUAUGUAUCUUGUUCUCUUUUCCAGUCUUUAUUUUCCACUGUUUGUCUUUGUUGGAUCAACAGAACCCCCAUCCCCCUCCCUCUGUCUGCCUGCCCCCAUCUCUCCACUCUCUAUUUACAGUACCUCUCUCUUCUGUUCCCUUACUUCCUCCACAAUGGAGAGUGGUUGGUGUCAUGGAGAGAGAGGGUGUAGUCUAGGAUGGAGAGUCAUUAGAACACCCACCCAUUGUGACUUUCACUAUGUAUAAACGCUGUUGGCACAAACCCUCCCAUAAGCACGUCCCUUCACCCCCACUGAACAACGCUAUGAGGCAUGACCACCCCUCUGAUGACAGACUAAUCACUACCACAUUCUCAGCCUGUGUGAGGUUGUACGCUGUCAACAAAGAAAUUGGAUGUUGAAGCUUUUCUGACAAAUGGAAAUGAUGAGAAUUUGUGAUGUAAAAGAGGCUAUGAUAUUUGUUAUUAGAGGUGGGCACUUCGUCUGCGCUGUAGCAAAUAUUGUUGUUAGAGAAAGAAAAUAAAUAAAUCCAAUAUGUCUAACCAUCACUCUCUACAUCCCUAUCUCCCUCCCUCCGUCCCUGUAGCCUGCUAUCAGUCAAGGUGCUACAACGGGGGAACCUGUAAGGAGGCGGUCUACUCCUCUGACUAUCUGUGCCAGUGUCCACCAGGCUUCACAGGAGCCCAGUGUGAGAUCAGUAAGUAGAACACAUUCAGAGAUCACACUACACUACACUGUCAAUAAAUACUACUGGGCCUAUAUACUACUGAAAAACAAGGACAAGGGGAUAUGACAAGUUUCCAUUCUAUCCCCCAGUCUUUAUAUAGAUUAAUUUAGCACAAUAUGCUCCUCACACUCUUCAACUUAUCCCUUGACUUAGAACUCUCCUAGUCACAGGCUGAGCUACAUUUAGUAUCUGCAAGUUCCUAAGUGGAAUAACACAACCUUAACCCCGGGCUAAUUUGGCUGUGCCCUUCUGCGCUGCUAUUGAGUCUUAUCUAGUACUAUCUAGUAGUAAUCUUGGUUACCAUCAUCAUUAGGCCAGCAGACACAGAAGGGUAGAAUGCAAUCCUGCUACAAUGACUCAUAGAGGUUAUGGAGUUGUGGUCUGUGGGCCAGCCGGGGAAAAAAUCGGAAACUCCAUGGAACUCAGUGGUUUGCUGACAUAAAUCAGUUAGUUUUAUUAUAUUUGGAGGCCGUUGUAGACACCCUACCCACUCAACAUUCAACAUGUAAAUUCGAAAUCACAUGUUGACGGUCUAAUGAGUGAGUUCACAGCCAAAUGAGUGAGCCCAGAGUCAUAUUAUGUGAUGUCAUCUAUCAGCAUCAUCAUUCACCAAUGGUCAUUUGUUGAAACCACAGCGGCCUAACUCUCUCCACAUGUGACUCUGAGUGAGCCUAACCAGAGCCGUAUACUCUCUAAAUGAGUUUAAUCAAUACUCAUGCGUGUGUCAUUUCAUAGAUACCAUAAGAUCAGGGAGCCAAAACACAGAAGAGAUGUGUGAGUGAGUCCAUAGUAAUGUAACCAGGAUGCAUGACGAUAGGAGGAUGCCAUAAAGGAAAGCUAGACAGACACACAGAGAGGCUAUCAGAUCAACAUGGUUAUGAUGUGGUUCCUCAUGGAUACCAAUGACGGUGUCCAAAAUGGCACCCUAUUCCCAACAUAGUGCUCUACUUUGUACCAGAAUCCUAUGUGCCCUGGUCAAAAGUAGUGCACUAUAAAGGAAAUGGGGUACCAUUUGGGACAUAGCCUACGUGUUUGGAUGGCUGGAUUGUAUAGACUCAUUUCUCUCCCUCUCCACAGACACCAAUGAGAAGUGUGUGGUGGGCCAGGGUAAAGGCUAUCGUGGUACGUGGAGUACCAGUCGGAUCGGCUCAGAAUGUAUCAACUGGAACUCUACAAACCUCAGAGGGAAGAAGUUCACCGCCAAGAGACCAGAGGCUAACAGCCUAGGGCUGGGCAACCACAACUUCUGCAGGUACACACACACACACAAACACACACACACACACACACAAACACACACACACACAUACACACAACAAUCAAGCCCUCUAGAUCAAUUUUCCCCUCCCCUGUUCUCUCUCUCUCUCUCAGGAAUCCAGACAAUGAUACUAAGCCAUGGUGUUAUGUCUACAAGGGAACCCAGAUAGCCUGGGAGUUCUGUACUCUCUCCAGCUGCCCAGCAGGUAAUAACAUGAUCAACUAUGAUAGCAUUAUAGUAUACCGGUAUUUGGUUAUAUUGUUGCCAUGGCAAACUAUAACAAGUUGGCAAAAUCAGAAACAGAUUGGCACCAAGGUUGCUUUACUGACAAUGUGGUCACAGAGUAAAUUAAAUCUGAGUUCACCUGCACCUCACCCGGUGUGUUUUUCCAGACCAGAGCCCAGUGGAGUGUGUGCAGGGCUCAGGGCAGACGUACAGGGGGACGGCGGCCGUCACUAAGAGGGGCUCCAGCUGUCUUCCCUGGGACUCACCACUCAUCACCCGCAAGUUCUACAACGCAUGGAGGUCUGACACCAGACAGCUGGGGCUGGGGAGUCACAACUUCUGCAGGUAAGAUCAUAAAUGUACACAAACUCUCUUUCUCACACACAUAUACACCACAGGAGGUUGGUGGCACCUUAAUUGGGGAGGAUGGGCUCGUGGUAAUGGCUGGAGCGGAAUUAGUGGAAUGGUCUCAAAUACAUCAAACACAUGGUUACCAUUAGCACCGUAUUAUGAGCCGUCCUCCCCUCAGCAGCAUAUAUACACACACACACAGCCACACUUAUACACUCUGUCUCUCUUACAGGAACCCAGACGGUGAUCUCGGCCCCUGGUGUCACGUCUACAGGAACAUGAAGCUGACCUGGGAACUCUGCGACAUCACCAAAUGCCGUGAGUAUCCCUGUUACCAUGACUACUGUCCAGGAAUAUCGGCCACAGUACGCAUCAUCGUCCUCUCAUGUGCCGGUCCAAUGGCCACUGUCUUUUCUGCCAAGUAUUGUCAUCAUCAUCAUUACCUACAGUAGCUUACUGUAAUGCAUGUGAUGACUAAGAAGACAAUGAGUAAAAUGUCUGUCAGGAUUGUAGUGAAAUGUGUAGGAGGCUAAAUUGAGUACAUUUGCAACUGUAGUCACACUGUAUGAGUACUUGAGUAACUGUUGUUUGUUCUUUAGCGAGGAGACCAACCACCAUUACUACUCUAGGCCCCAAGGCUCCCACCAGCAACAACAACAACAGAGGUACGACAGCCACAAAAUAACACAUCCAAUUCACCUCUACACUCGUCUCACAGCGUUUCUCCUCCUCCUCCACACCUCCCACUCUCCUUCUAUUCCUCCUCCACACCUCCGCCCCUCUUUUUCUCUUCCUCGUCCCCACCUCCUCCUCUCUCCUUCUCUUCUUCUUCCACACCUCCUCUCUCCUUCUCUUCUUCUUCCACACCUCCUCCUCUCUCCUUCUCUUCUUCUUCCACACCUCCUCCUCUCUCCUUCUCUUCCUCGUCUCCACCUCCUCCUCUCUCCUUUUCUUCUUCUUCCAUACCUCCUCCCGUCUCCUUCCCAUGAAUGUUGAGGUUUUUAAAUCUACAAACAGAAAACAAAAUCUAAUAUAAAGACCGUCCCCCGCGGUAGGUACCUGUGGCCAGCGUGCUGACAACAAUCGGAGUCUCCCCUCCUUCCGUAUCCUGGGAGGAGCCCGGGAGAGUGACAUCACAGAGCAGCCGUGGCAGGCAGCCAUCAACGUGUACCGGCCCAGAAACAAGGCACACUUAUUCCUGUGUGGAGGGGUCCUUAUAGACUCCUGCUGGGUCCUCUCUGCUGCACACUGCUUCGAGGACGGGUAUGUCUAGUACACACAUACAUGCACACAUUCACACACAUACACACGCAUCCACGCACACAGUGCACACACACACACAAGUGUAACUCAGUGAUCUGCUGUCUCCGUCAGGUUUAAACCAGAGCGGCUGCAGGUGGUUCUAGGCAGGACGUUUCGUAAGAACUCCUCCAGCAGUGAGCAGAUCUUUGAGGUGGAGAAGUACUGGAGCCACGAGAAAUACAACAAGGAAACCUUUGACAACGACAUUGGUGAGCCAAUGCAAUGUUAAAGGCCCAGUGCAGUCAAAAUUCAUUUUUUCCUGUGUUUUGUAUUGUACGAAAGCUGAUGAAACAACAUUUUAUUAGUGUUAUUUCCUGAUAGUUGCUGGUUGAAAAUACCAUUUAUAUAGGACCUUCUAAUCAGCCUGUUUGAAUGAGUUUCGGCUUGCCUGGUGACAACACCAGGAGGUACAGUGCCUUGCAAAAGUAUUCAACCCCCUUGGCGUUUUUCCUAUUUUGUUGCAUUACAACCUGUAAUUGAAAUUGAUUUUUAUUUGGAUUUCAUGUAAUGGACAUACACAAAAUAAUCCAAAUUGGUGAAGUGAAAUGAAAAAAAUAACUUGUUUAAAAAAACUCUAAAAAAUAAAUAACGGAAAAGUGGUGCGUGCAUAUGUAUUCACCCCCUUUGCUAUGACGCCCCUGAAUAAGAUCUGGUGCAACCAAUUACCUUCAGAAGUCACAUAAUUAGUUAAAUAAAGUCCACCUGUGUGCAAUCUGUGUCACAUGAUCUGUCACAUGAUCUCAGCAUAUGUACACCUGUUCUGAAAGGCCCCAGAGUCUGCAACACCACUAAGCAAACGGCACCACCAAGCAAACAGCACCACGAAGACCAAGGAGCUCUCCAAACAGGUCAGGGACAAAGUUCUGGAGAAGUACAGAUCAGGGUUGGGUUAUAAAAAAAUAUCUGAAACUUUGAACAUCCCACGGAGGACCAUUAAAUCCAUUAUACAUUUUUAAAAAUAAUAUGGCACCACAACAAACCUGCCAAGGGAGGGCCGCCCACCAAAACUCACGGACCAGGCAAGGAGGGCAUUAAUCAGAGAGGCAACAAAGAGACCAAAGAUAACCCUGAAGGAGCUGCAAAGCUCCACAGCGGAGAUUGUAGUAUCUGUCCAUAGGACCACUUUAAGCCGUACACUCCACAGAGCUGGGCUUUACGGAAGAGUGGCCAGAAUAAAGCCAUUGCUUAAAUAAAAAAAUAAGCUAACAUUUGGUGUUCGCCAAAAGGCAUGUGGGAGACUCCCCAAACAUAUGGAAGAAGGUACUCUGGUCAGAUGAGACUAGAAUUGAGCUUUUUGGCCAUCAAGGAAAACUCUAUGUCUGGCGCAAACCCAACACCUCUCAUCACCCAGAGAACACCAUCAGAAUUGAAGGAAUGAUGGAUGGCACUAAAUACAGGGAAAUUCUUGAGGGAAACCUGUUUCAGUCUUCCAGAGAUUUGAGACUGGGGCGGAGGUUCACCUUCCAGCAGGACAAUGACCCUAAGCAUACUGCUAAAGCAACACAAAUAAUAACAAAUAACAACAAAUAAUAACAAGAUAACUAAUAAUGUAAGCAUACUGUGUCCAUAAUAAGUAUAUAGGUUGUAUGUUGGGAGCUUUUGGGAAAGAGCACAGUUAGAAAGAUAUGGCAUAUAGAAGCAAACCGGAUGGACAUCAUGAAAAUGAUCGGAGAGGUUGAGAGUAGAAGAAGUUCAGGAGCAAAAACAAAUAAAAUAGAAUUAUUGUAAAAUUGACUGUGUCAAUAAAAUAUAGAUAGUAAGUAUAAGCUGGAAGUAGAGGCCUAAGCAUUGUUGUUCACUAAUUUACCCCAAGUAGGGAAAGGAUGGCGGGGUUGAAAAGUGAUAAAGGGGAGUAUAUAUAUAAACAUAAUAAUAUAAUAAUAAUAAUAAUAUGCCAUUUAGCAGACGCUUUUAUCCAAAGCGACUUACAGUCAUGCGUGCAUAAAAUUUUUUUUGUGUAUGGGUGGUCCCGGGGAUCGAACCCACUACCUUGGCGUUACAAGUGCCGUGCUCUACCAGCUGAGCUACAGAGGACCAGCUGGUAGUGAUGCAGACAAUUACAUUGAUGGAAGUUACAAUCUAUCUGCAAUAUUAGGCUGAUCUACCCCCCCCCCCCUAAAAAAAAUUUUUUUCAACACUUGAGUGGUUUAAGGGGAAACAUUUAAAUGUCUUGGAAUGGCUUAGUCAAAGCCCAGACCUCAAUCCAAUUGAGAAUCUGUGGUAUGACUUAAAGAUUGCUGUACACCAGCGGAAUCCAUCCAACUUGAAGGAGCUGGAGCAGUUUUGCCUUGAAGAAUGGGCAAAAAUCCCAGUGGCUAGAUGUGCCAAGCUUAUAGAGACAUACCCCAAGAUACUUGCAGCUGUAAUUGCUGCAAAAGGUGGCUCUCCAAAGUAUUGACUUUGGGGGGGUGAAUAGUUAUGCAUGCUCAAGUUUUUAGUUUGUCUUAUUUCUUGUUUGUUUCACAAGAAAAAAUAUUUUGCAUCUUCAAAGUGGUAGGAAUGUUGUGUAAAUCAAAUGAUACAACCCCCCAAAAAAUCAAUUUUAAUUCCAGGUUGUAAGGCAACAAAAUAGGAAAAAUGCCAAGGGGGGCGAAAACUUUCGCAAGCCACUGUAAAUUGGUUAAUAGACCAAUAACAAAGAGUUCCAAACCUCUCUGCCAAUAACAGCUAGUUUUAAGUUUUCCCCUCCCCACUCAGACCACUCCCAGACAGUCCAAAAAGCAAUUUUUGUCCAUUUUAAUGGAAAACUAUUAUAGUAAGGUACUUAAUUGUCACCCAGAAAUGAUUUGAUAUUGAUUUAAAAUUGCUGCAUUUGGGCCUUUAAGCACUGACACAUCAAUCCGUAUGACAUGAUUAUGUAGUAUUUAUGAAGAGCCAUUGAAACCAUAGUAUAGCACAAUCACUCAUUCUCUUCCGGCCCUCCUCCUCCGUGCCCUCUCCUCAUCCUCUUCCUCCCUCAGUCUUGAUGAAGCUGAAGAGUGAUAUUGGCCUGUGUGCUGUGAACUCGCCGGAGGUCCUACCCGCCUGUCUGCCUGACCCAGGCCUGGUACUGCCUGACUGGACCGAGUGUGAGAUCUCCGGCUACGGCAAAGAGAAGGAGUGUAAGACAGACAUCAUCCUUUCUUUGAAUUCUUAAUCUAUUUUUUAAACUGGUUCUAUGGUUUAUUUUCUGUAGCCUAAAUCACACAGAAUAAUUUUAAAAUACCUAAGGCAAUGUUUCUUAAUCCUGGUCCUGGGGACCCAAAGGGUUGCAAAUUUUUAUUUUUGCCCUAGCAUUACACACCUGAUUCCACUAAUUAAAGGGUUGAUGAUGAGUUGAUAAGAGGAAUCAGGUGUGUAGUGCUAGCUAGGGCAAAAACGAAACAUUUACAGGAUUAAGAAACACUUACCUAAGGGAAUACAUGCAUACAUUUAAUACAGUAUCUUCUGAUGAUAACCCUUGCUAUCUUUUUUUAUCCAGUCUAGAGAUGUAAACAAUAUUAUAUAGGCUAUAGGUGUUAGCGACGGCAUUGAGGAAUUAAUCUAAUACUCUCCCCCCAUAGUUGAUGCGAUGUACUCUGAGCGGGUGAAGAGGGGUCACGUGAGGUUGUGGCCUCAGGACCGCUGUGUCCCUAAUGUCUUAUCUGGACGUCUGGUCACCUCCAACAUGCUGUGUGCCGGGGACACCCGUGGUCUGGACGACGCCUGCAAGGUGAGGAGGGCUCUUCUUCACUCUCCUAACACUCUCUGUCUGCGUCCCAAAUGGCACCAUAUUCCCUAUAUAGUGCAUUUGUCCAUAGUAGUGCACUAUAUAUGUAGGGAAUAGGGUGCCAUUUGGCAUGCAGUAUGCAGCCCUAAGCCCCAAACACUCUGCAACACUAAGCACUUAAAUAGCUAAUUAGCUGGUAUGGUUGAAACAAGUAUGUGUCAUGUUGGAUGUUAGUACUACUGCUAAUCUUUAUCAAAUGGAACAGUAUGCCUACUGCUGAGCCAUGACAACCACAACUGACCCAUGUCCCUAAUCUACUCCUCUCCUCUGCAGGGGGACUCUGGCGGUCCUCUUGUCUGUCCCAAGGAUGGGAGGAUGACUCUGAUGGGGCUGAUCAGCUGGGGAGAUGGCUGUGGGAAGAAAGACACGCCCGGGGUGUACACACGUGUUACACAAUACACUGACUGGAUCAGCAGCAAGAAACAGGAAACUAGCCAGUAAACAAACGCACAUACACUCACCUGGAGAGAACUUGUGAGAGAAUUCAUCUUACUCCGUCAUCAGAGAAUUCAUCAGACUCCUGUCCAUCAAUCGCAAUGAAUGCCUUAACCGAAGGAAUGGACAACCACUUAACGCAUAAAAGGAACCUCUAGUACUCCAGUACAUUCUGUGUAAGCAUUGUUUAACUCUUUGUGCCUCCAAAGUGAAUAGACUACUACUCAAUCCAGCUCAGUGCCUUCCAGCUGAUUCCUGUUCUACCCAGAGCUAUAACGUUAUAUCUCCAUAUGCAGCUCACAGAAUGUUGGACAUUUACUUUGCACACAAGGUUCCAUAGGAAUGUAUAUAGCCACUCCAAUUAACAUUUUCCAGUUCAUUUAGAGUUAAUUUUACAUUGGUGGCUUGCUGUCUGAAUGUUGCCAUGUUACAUCAGUGCAUAUGUUACCCUACAACACCAUAACAUUAACCACAAGACAAUCUGCUGGAUCUGAGUCAAUGUAAGACAGCGGCUGCAUUCCAAACUGAAAACUCAACCCCAUCGCUCCGCACAUGUUGACUCCCUCAGCCCCUAACUGUUCUGUUUGGAACUUAUGGGUCUAAGCAAUAAGGGGGGGGGGGGGGCAUGAACG